CAACGAAACCAUACGACGAAAUAAUACACGAUAGGUAAAGAAGUAGAGAUUUAUAAUAACAAAAGCUCUGGCGCAUCGAGAUCGUUUACCAGUUGGGGGAACUAAGAAGGAAAAUUAGCAGCCUCCUCGAGAACCUUCGAAGGAAGUUGUCGAUUUCUUGCCUAAUAUUUAGGUACCUUUCGUAGACUUCGUGUUUGUCUCUUUUUUUUUGCUUUUCUCCUUUCUCUCUCUCUCUCUCUCUCGCUCGAUCGAUUAAAGUGAAGGCUCGGUAGUGGCAGUUUGGUUAUUAGAUAUAGAGAUGGCGAGUGGGUUUGGUGAAUCAACAAGCAUGCCACCUGAAAGUUCAACUUACUCAGGCAAUAAUGCCAAUGAUGCUGGUGAUUUUGAAUGCAAUAUAUGCUUUGAAUUAGCUCAAGAUCCAAUUGUAACCCUUUGUGGUCACCUCUUCUGUUGGCCUUGCUUGUAUAGAUGGCUACACCAUCAUUCGCAUUCUCAUGAGUGUCCAGUUUGUAAGGCUCUUAUACAAGAAGAAAAAUUGGUUCCUCUUUAUGGCAGAGGCAAAAUGCAGACAGAUCCACGUGCCAAAUCUUAUCCAGGCAUUGAUAUUCCUAGUCGCCCAGCUGGGCAUAGACCCGAAACGGCCCAUCCUCCUCCCCCUACCCCUCCACAUGAAGGUAAUAACUUCCCGAAUUAUGGGAUUGGAUCAAUGGGGGGAUUUGUACCAACUAUGACUGCAAGGAUUGGUAACUUUACAUUGUCAACUGCUUUUGGUGGUCUUGCUUUAUUCCCUUCCUUGUUCAAUGUUCAAUUUCAUGGUUUCCCGGAUGCUACAGUAUAUGGAACGACAUCUGGUUUUCCAUAUGGAUUUCAUGCAUUUCAUGGUGGCCAUGUACAUGGAUUCCCCCAGCCAAGGAGUCGAGGGCAGCAUGCUGAUAAUGUUUUGAAGAAUCUUCUUUUGUUUAUUGGUGUCUUGGUGGUCCUUGCUCUGCUUUGGUGGUAAAUAAAUCAUUUGCCACUUGAAUUUGAACUGCUAUUAGUCAUGUUGAGGUGUCAUCCUGUUUCUGUAUAUACACCAGCUGUUUUGGUGAUUUCUUUACAUUCUCAAGAAAGAUGUUAAUACUUAAUACGAUACUUUCUGAUUCUGCAGUGGUUAACACUUUCUUAUGGAUUUUAUGUUUUUCAAGAAUGGCUUUUAAAUCCUAAACAGUCUGCUGUUUUUA